UCAAAAUAAUAUGAGAAAUCAACAGAACUUUCUGAUUUUGAAUGCGGAAGGAUUAUUGAGAUGGGGGCAAAUAAAAUCAACACUAAGACCAGGUAGACCAGUAAUAGCAUCAGCUCGUGAUAAAAGAAGUCUUAUAAAAAUUGUUAAAAAAGAUAGAACACAAACUCUCUUCGAUGUCACUGACCAAUUUAAUGAAACAACUAAUUUAUCUGUAAGUUCUUCAACUGUACGUAGAUAUCUUCAUGAAUUAGGUUAUUAUGGAAAAUCAAAAGAGAAAUAUGCAAGAGUACAAAAAUAUAAAAUAAAGGAUAUAUGUUAUAUCUUAUCUCAUUCACAGGAAAACGCUGAAAAAGAUUCAGUGUUUUUGCCAGUAAAUUUUUUACCUUAUAUUGGUAUAUCAUAG